GUGGCCCGACGGCUACUCCAACCGGCGAUAACUUGCUACUCUUGCGACUGCUACUGUGCUACGAUUGAAGAAGACAGCGACUGGCGAUUUUGGGGAGAGUGACCGGUGACCUAACGGCGAGCUGAGGCUGUGACUACUCCCUUCGACGGCUAACGAUAUUAGUGCAUUUCGGCAGAGGUGAUAUGAACAUUUGUUCCCAGGAGGACAUACAUUUUUGCCAAUUCUGAUUGAGAGCCAGAAUAGCUUUCCCAUAAUUUUGUUUAUAUUGAUUUGUUAAGACACCAGUAAAUGAAGUCUAACAGCAAAGCUCUGCUUGAUUUGGAGGACAAAAGCACACCCUCUGCUUCGUCUUUGGAAUCGAAACUUAGUUUUUGCAAUGGAGAUGAAAGUUUUCUGUCCCGAAGUACUAAACUCAACCCUCUUGAUAAGAAACCUGCCAUUUCCUCCAUCCCUCAGAGCCAAUUUCUAGGUAAAGUGAAGGAUUUCCUGGGAGUGAUAUCGGAAGCAAAUAAAAAUUUGGAGCUUGAUGCGAAAACCAAUCCAGGGAAGAACUACGAUCUAGAAGCUCUGACGGGGGAAGAAUCUGAAUAUAUUGAAAUGGACUUGAUGCUUGGCGUUGCAGAGCUGCAAACUGAGGAAGCUGUAGCUGCUGCUGAGUCUGCAUUAGCGGGUUAUCAACCGGUGAUUCCUUUGGCUGCUAGUAGUAGCGAGACAGAAUCAGAAGAGAGCAGUGAUGAGGAUAGCGAUGGAGAUGAUGAUGAUGAUGAUGAUGAUGAUGACGACGAGGAUGGUGGUGAAGCUGAGAGACCUUCUCCUAAAACGGGGAAAACUGCUAAGCCUGUUGAAAAGGAUUCUUCUUCCAGUGAAGCAUCAAAGAACAAGCAGCCAAGAAAGAGGCCAAAAAUUGUUGAGCUUUCAUAGGACAUGGAAUAUAGAUGAGAGGGAUCUGCAUUACAUUAAAAUGAUAAUUGUCUCUACAAAGCUUAUUGUUUCCCUUUUACUAAGCACAAAAUUGUACUUCAUUAGGUUUAAUGACUUUCCUGGCACUGGUGCAUUUCCGAUGUGGGAGAGCUAUCCAAUUUUGAAAUCCAAACCAAAGAGAGAAGAUAAUAUUGGUCUUGUAGAAGAAGCUGUUGCGAAAAGCAUUCUUAUUAGUGAAGUUUAAUUCACUUCUUCUAAA